UGAUUAGUUCUGCCGUGUCACGUGUGCUUAACUACUCUAUCGUUUCUGUCUCGAUGUUGCACUAGCUAGGUCAGUGGCAAACUGGCAACGACGGACGGAUCGGUCGAUGCUCAUGGACGACAUGGUAGACUCGCGCAUGUUCAUGCAGUGGGCGGUGAACACGCUGGCGCAGCAGGAUCCAGGACGAGCCGACGGCGUCGACCAGAGGAGCGCCGGCUUCCCGUGUCUCCAGGCGCUCCGUGAUUCGUCGGAGCUGGUGGAAGCACAGGACCGUCUGAGCUUCAGCGACAACACAGGCCGCGGUGGGGGAAUCAUCAACCCAGCCUCCGAUGCGCCUGUGCACCUAGGAAGUUGGUCCACGUCGUCCCCAACCUCAGGCGGGCUGUUCGCGCCCAGCAGCAUGAGCAGCACCGGCACCAGCAACACCCUGUCCAUGAGCUGGAACUUCGGCGCUGUCUUGCCGCCGCAGCCCGUUAGCAGCAGUGGCGGGGGCAUGAUAGCCGCCCGAGCGCCCCUUGGUUCCGCCGUAUCACAGCCGACUAGGAGGACCUCGAAAAAGAGCACACCGUAUGCGCAAGACCACAUCAUGGCGGAGCGGAAGCGCCGGGAGAAGAUCAACCAGCGCUUCAUCGAGCUCUCUGCCGUCAUCCCCGGCCUCAAGAAGAUGGACAAGGGGACGAUUCUUGCCGACGCGACCACAUACGUGAAGGAGCUCCAAGAGAGGGUCAAGUACCUGGAGGCGGCCGGCGGCAACCACAGGAGUGUUGAGACCGUGGUGCUCGUCACGAAGCCACAGUGCCUCGUUGCCCCGGACAACGAGGCCUGUCCGGGGUCCUUCUUGGCGGCUGGGACGCCGGCAAGGAGGGAGCUGCUGCCGGAGAUCGAGGCGAAGUUCUCGGAGGACAACAUGAUGGUGAGGAUCCACUGUGAAAUGAACGGAAAGGGUCUGGUCGCCAGGGUUCUUGCGGAGGUCGAGGAGCUUCACCUCCGCAUCGUCCACAACGAUGUGAUGCCGUUCACGGCGUCCACCGUGAUUAUUACCACCAUGGCAAAGGCAAGUUCUCAUCAGUAUUGGUCGUACGUUUUAUACAUAUGCAUUCUACUCUUUGUCCACUCUAGUUUUUUCGAAUAUAUACAUAAAUCUAUAAAAGCUUACCAUGCAUUCUAUGACAUGCACACCUGUAAAAUACCAAUUAAGAUAGUGAGAGAAAGUAACGGUUAAGUAGCAACUCAAAUUCUCCUGAACACUAAAAAACUUCAGAUUGUUUCAUUUAGAAUUAAA